AUGCUCCCUUUCCUGGCUACGAUAAUCCUCGGGGGUUCACUAUUGUUUAUAACCAGUCCCAAGACCCAGAAUAUUAAUCAGGGGCAUACAAGUCAUGUUUUCCCGGAGUUUGAAAAGAAUGGUAUAGAAGCUCCAUAUAAGCGGUUGAUAUUCAACGUUUUUGACGCCUUAAGAUGGGAUUGGCUGGCUCCGCCAGAUCGGCCACCACCCCCAACAAGUCCUGCAGGAAAUUUCCCUUUCGUAAAGAAUCUCACGAACCAAUUACCAGAGCAUGCCAGGAUCUUUAAAGCCUUGUGCGAGGCCCCCACAAUGACUGUCCAGAGAAUCCAAGCCCUGGUCGGCGGCAUCGUGCCAGAUCUAUUUGACGUUACCAGUGCACUUGCUUCAUCUAAAUUCCAAGGGGAUAGUAUCCUACAACAACUCAAAAUGCAGGACAGAAAACUCGCCUUUGUCGGAGACGAUUCUUGGACCAUUCUUUUCCCUGACUUAUUCGAUUCUGCCUUCGCCGGACACUCGCUAACUACCAACGAUGUGGAUGUUGUCGACAAACUUGUACACCAGGUUCUUUGGAAAAAUUUGUUUCUAGGGAGAGACCAGAGCAUAAGUCGAGACCAGAGCAUAAGUCGAGACCACAGCAUAAGUCGAGACCAGAGCAAAGACGGAGGGACGGAAGGGGGAAAAGGCCCCUUUCCUGAGACCGCCGCGGGCAAUGGACAAGUGAUUGAAAGUGGGGCGAAAGGUAUUUGUCUAAAGGAAUGCGGGGUGGACAAGUCGCUGUUGUUACCUUCAUUGAGUAGACCGGAGUUUGUGAAAGAUUGGUCCAUGCUGGUGGCUCACUGGCUAGGAGGGGACUCUAUAGGACACACUUACACCAUGUAUGGUCCGGAAGCGAAAACGAGGUACCGACUGUACGACCAGGUAGUCAGCAAUGUGCUUAAUAUAGUUACCGGAUGUGAACUCGGACAUGACCCAUUCACUAAAGAUCUUAUCCCCUGUCUAAAGAGCAUCCCCAACGACCCAUUGUCCACCUUCAUGAGCCAAAGGAUCCCGAACUGGUCAAACGCCUUGCUGGAUGACAUAGACACCUCGGACAAUGUCAAGAACUUGGUAUCCAGACCGGAUGCAAACAUGGCCGAUACCCUGACCUUCUUCUUGGGAGACCACGGCGCCAACGACCACGGGGGCCACGGAGGGGCGAGCAAGCCGGAGGUCGAGGCGGGCUUUCUGAUAUACAGUCCUCGGCCGCUGCCCUCGGGAAUCAAGGACUUCACAUACAUAGACUCUGAAUCCUCUGGCGACCGGGUCUCUGGCGACCGGGUCUCUGGCGACCGGGUCUCUGGCGACGAGAUCUCUGGCGACCAGAUCUCUGGCGACGAGGUCUCUGGCGACCGGGUCUUUCGACAAAUUGACGUACCGGUCACGCUUGCUAUGCUGCUAGGAACGAACGUCCCUGCGGCAUCACUAGGUUUGCCAAUAAUUGCCAUGAUUCCUUUGUUUCCAUUCAAUGAAACCAAACAGUCAUUUGUUUGUGAAGAAGGUAGGGUCGUUACAGAGGGUCUUGUCGGCGACCUUGACUGUCUGCUGACCUUUGGCCUGGACUCAAGUCCGUCUGGUGAAGGCCGUGCUGCUUACCAAAGUAUGUAUGGAGACCGGAAGGAAGGAGACCGGAAGGAGGUAGACCGCACUCGAGUUAGUAAGCUAACAGUGAUGCUACACCUGAGAUAUUUAUUGGAAUGGCACAACCGUGUCGUUGAGACUUCCAACACCGAACGAAAAGGUUGCGGGCUUUGGUCAAGGAAUGCGUUACUGGAUAAAUAUGAAAGCCAGCUAGAAAUAGCGGUGGAAUCAAAUUCGUGGUUCAAUCCAGUAGCGAUGGAAUUGCUGAGGAGGGAGGGGGGAGGAUGGGAUUCCGUUGAGUCCCUGGCUUCAGUUAGCUCUGUUUAUAAUCGUUCGGAGUCUGCUGUUAAAAUGUUAGAAAGGACACUGGUAAUGAACAGGACACUGGCAAUGUUUAUACCGGCGGAAAAGAUUGUUGUACCGGACGUACAGAGCAGUAUCGAUUCUAUGUAUGAGGCAAUCGAACUGUCACGAAUGUAUGUGAGACAGUCAUUGACCGAUAGCGUGAGAGCCAAGACUACCGCCCUUAAACCCAAAGUCGCUUUUGCCUCUGGUCUUCUACCGCUAUUCGUGUGGCUCAUGUGGCAAAUUGUUUGUUCCGCACUCGGGCGGAAUAGUGGUGCAUCCGUUGCUAUUCAUGUCGGGGGAAUUUCCCUCCUCCUGUUUUGGUGGUACCGGCCACAGUCCUUGAAGUGGAUGAUCUGGCCCUAUUUGGUUGCCACGAUUCUCUUGGACAUUAAAUGCGACCAAAACGUGGGGUCUGACAAGAAGUCCUCUUUGACCAUCGCGCGGGGACAGAGCUGGUGGGGACAGAGCUGGUGGGGACACAGUUGGCGGGGACACAGUUGGCGGGGACACAGUUGGCGGGGACACAGCUGGCGACGAUUAGCAGAUGGUAACCGGCGGAAUGGAGACUUGGUGCUGGAGUACGCGACCUGGAUUCCGAUAUUGCUGAUCUUCGUAAUUGGCCAUCUUAGUCACUCGAUAGCCAUUUGGAACCUGCCGCUCUUUUACAUGACUCUAACGAUAUUCUACCUACUGAUUCUAGGAGUCAAAAUUCUAGGAGUCAAAAUUCUAAAAACUGUCCCGCAACCGACAAGGAUUUCCAUCACAGGCCUGCUCUCCGCAAACCGAUCCACACUCCAUGCAGCCUGCGAGUUAAUUUUCUUAACCAUUGUGACGAGACUCGUCGACCCAAUUGCACAAGAUAAUGAAGGCCACGUCGAGCAUAUUGCACCCAGAAUUUUCAACGAGACAAGCGUGUUGGCUAAUGCGUUAUUCUGUGCCAUGCUAGCUGGCUGGUGUCUCCUAACUAGCACGACUGGUUCAAGCGACAAAACACAGUCAAGCGCACUUUCGAGCACAUGUGACUUUUCCGAGGUCCGCCGAAUUCGAAAACCAGCCGCCUUCAUACCAGCGUCCUUCAUACCAGCGUCCUUCAUACCAGCGUCACUUACCCGGGUGCACUGGCGUCUGAUUCUGUGGCGUCUAAUUCAAUGGCACCAACUGGUCAUGGCUAUGCUGUGUUUCGCAUACUUGUCGUGCACGGCCUCGCCGGCAAGGGUAGCUGGCGAGGCUGUAGCUGGCGAGGCUGUAGCUGGCGAGUCGCUGAAUGCACUAAUUGUCGCAUCAGGGAGGCUCGCCAGCCGCAUCGUAGGCAGGAUGACCUUUGUAUGCACCACCGGUUUGACAACGCCAGCAAUACUCUUGCUCGCACUCCCACGACUUAUGUGGACCCAAAUUAUCUCUAGCGUAAUUUUGACUUGCGUUCUGCCAGCACUCCUCCUCUCUACAAGCACCACCUCGACCAACGCCACCUCGAUCAGCGCCGCCACCUCGACCAGCGCCACCGCAACGACCAGAGGUCCGACAAGGUUAGCAACAAUCCUGGUCUGGAUACCGGCGAUAUUGAAUCCCACCUUUGCAAAAGAGUCUGUGCUCAUGUUCUGCGCGACUCACUACGUACUUAAUCAUGACGCAUUUUGCGUCCAGUCACCUGCCACAAACGAUACGUGCCAGCCAACGAUCCGAGACCCCGAUGACCCCGACCCCGAUGACGUUGACGAUGUUGCGCCCGAUGUUGCGCCCGAAAACGCAGUACUCCGGCAUCGCACACCUCACGGCAUAAACACACUUUCGUCAGAACGAUUGGAGCGGCGAACUGGUCGUUACAUCAACGAGUGCGAGCAGCAACUGCUGGUGACGUUGCUGGCUAUGAAUUUGUUUUUCGCCAACGGCUUACGAUGCACGUUGGAAGCACUGCCUCUUAAGGCUGGCCUCAUCGGCCUGCAGCAAUACAACGCGAUACUCUCACCGUUCUUCGUCUUCUUAGCCGCCGGCUGGCCCUUUAUUCUUGUCAUGCUCUCCUCGCCGCCGACCCGACCGCGGACGGUCGUCCUCAUUACUACAGUUAUGUUCAUAUUCAACGACCACCUUCAGGUCUGGAACCAGUCCGGCCAAGACCGCCUUAGCAUGGUCCAAAAGCCUUCUUCGACUACUGGAUCGUCGCCGCACUGGCUACUGGCCUGGCACUCAGGCUGGCUAGUACGUGGUGGGCCCACACGGCGCCUCAGCCUUGCUGAGUAA